UCAAAAUCAAAUUUUAAUUCAUUCAAAAUCAAUUUUUUCAAGUGGCCAAUUAUCAGAUUGACUUUUCCCCUUUGUGAUUCUCACAUACUCUUCUUCAGAUUUUGGGUAUUCUGUUCGAUGUUUCCUAUGCAAUCCUUCAUGUUCUAAAUCUGAACUUGGUUUUGCUGUCAGGAGCUAAUUACCAGCUACGCUUUUGCCAUUUGUUCAUUUUGGUGGCAUUUGUAUGGUGAAUUAGGAUCUUUGUCAUAUCAAAAGUGUUUAUUUUUUAUUUUUAUUUUGUACUCAUGGUGGUGAGGUUCAACCCUUCAUGUCUCACCCUCUCUCAUAAUCCUCACCACACUGCAUAUUUCUCCAAACAAGUGACAGUUAGCAGCAGUUAUGGGAAACACAUUAAAAUGGGUGGCAUUGGAAGGCCACAGAUUGUGCCUCCUGUGUUGGGGAGCACCGAAGGGGUGCGUGUGUUUGUGGUGUCUGACUUGCACACUGACUAUGAUGAUAAUCUGAACUGGGUGGAGGGCUUGUCCAAUGUGAGACACCAGAAUGAUGUGCUUCUUGUGGCAGGUGAUGUGGCUGAGACAUAUUCCAUGUUUGUUGUCACAAUGUCUCUUUUGAAAGAGAAGUUUGAUCAUGUCUUCUAUGUUCCUGGAAACCAUGACCUUUGGUGCCGCCGUGAGGGGCAAAACUAUUUUGAUUCUCUUGAAAAGCUGAAUAAAUUGCUUGAUGCAUGUAAGAGAAUCGGAGUGGAGACAAAUCCAAUGGUUAUAGAUGAAAUAGGAAUAAUUCCUUUGUUCUCUUGGUACCAUGAGAGCUUUGACAAAGAGAAGGACAUAACAGGCUUUCGCAUUCCGUCUUUGGAGAUGGCAUGUAAAGACUUCUAUGCGUGUAAGUGGCCCGAGGGACUUUCAAAUGGAGACAUGUCCCUUGCUUUAUAUUUUGAUGCCAUGAAUGAUAAACAAAUGAAAGUGAUAAAGGAGAUUCAGAUGACGUGUGAUCACAUCAUUACCUUUUCCCACUUUGUUCCCAGGCAGGAACUUUGUCCAGAGAAGAGGAUGUUAUUCUAUCCCAAGCUUCCAAAAAUAAUUGGUUCAGACUCUCUUGAAGAUCGAAUAAGGUCUAUACAUGGGGCUGAGGGAAGGAAGGAUGCCUCUUCUUGCCAUGUGUUUGGCCAUACUCACUUCUGCUGGGAUGCUGUUGUUGAUGGUAUCAGGUAUGUACAGGCACCGUUAGCUUACCCAAGGGAAAGGAAGAGAAGAAUGAAUGGAGGUGAAAAUUGGCUUCCGUUUUGCCUUUAUGCUGACAACAAAUUUUCUGAUAGACUCAACCCUUGCUAUUGGUCAGAUUAUUACUCUUCCAACCCCAGGACACCCCAUAAUACCAAACUUGCUCCUUGGGUCGCCAGAUUUUAUAAGCAAACACAAACACAAACUCUAAACUCUAAACCCUAAACCCUAAACCCUAAACCCUAAACCCUAAACCCUAAACCCUA